AAGAGGAAAGGGGAUUCUAGACAUCGAAAGGCCCUACUGCUCAAAUAAUAGAAAUAAAUAAUACAUUAAAGGAUCUGUUUUGGCAUGAAUUAGAUUUAUGAGAUGAUAUAAUUAUGGCAAAAGCUAUACCAAGAAGUGGUUCACGUAAGAAUAGACAUACGGGUUCACGUAAAAAUGCGCGUAGAAUACCAAAGGGAGUUAUUCAUGUUCAAGCAAGUUUCAACAAUACUAUUGUAAUUGUUACAGAUGUACGGGGGCGGGUAAUUUCUUGGUCCUUCGCCGGUACUUGUGGAUUCAAGGGUACAAGAAGAGGGACACCAUUUGCCGCUCAAACCGCAGCAGGAAAUGCUAUUUGGACAGUAGUGGAUCAAGGUAUGCAACAAGCAGAAGUCAUGAUAAAAGGCACGGGUCUUGGAAGAGAUGCGGCAUUAAGGGCUAUUCGUAGAAGUGGUAUACUAUUAAGUUUCAUACGAGAUAUAACCCCUAUGCCACAUAAUGGCUGUAGGCCCCCUAAAAAAAGGCAUGUGUAA